AGGUUAAAAAAAAUCAUUAAAGUCCUCUUUAUGAAACUGAUCCUCAGUCAGGUGUAACUUUUGAUGUAUGGUCUCUAAAGACCCCCAUUAUGCCAGCAGCUACCGUAGACCAUAGCCAAAGAAUCUGUGAAGUUUGGGCUUGUAACUUGGAUGAAGAGAUGAAGAAAAUUCGUCAAGUUAUACGGAAGUAUAACUAUGUAGCUAUGGAUACAGAAUUUCCAGGAGUAGUUGCAAGGCCUAUUGGAGAAUUCAGAAGCAACGCAGACUAUCAGUACCAAUUAUUACGCUGUAAUGUAGACUUGCUAAAAAUAAUUCAACUAGGACUGACAUUUAUGAAUGAGCAAGGAGAAUACCCUCCAGGAACUUCAACUUGGCAAUUUAAUUUUAAAUUUAAUUUAACAGAAGAUAUGUAUGCCCAGGACUCUAUUGAACUGUUGACGACAUCUGGUAUCCAGUUUAAAAAGCAUGAGGAAGAAGGAAUUGAGACACAGUACUUUGCAGAACUGCUUAUGACAUCAGGAGUUGUACUGUGUGAAGGAGUCAAGUGGCUUUCCUUCCAUAGUGGAUAUGACUUUGGCUAUUUAAUCAAAAUCCUGACAAACUCUAAUUUACCUGAAGAAGAGCUGGACUUCUUUGAGAUACUGCGAUUGUUUUUCCCUGUCAUCUAUGAUGUAAAAUAUCUCAUGAAGAGUUGCAAAAAUCUGAAGGGUGGAUUACAAGAAGUGGCUGAGCAGUUAGAGCUGGAAAGGAUAGGACCACAGCAUCAGGCAGGAUCUGAUUCUUUACUCACAGGAAUGGCCUUUUUCAAAAUGAGAGAA